CUAACUCCACUGCCACCAUCGCCACCUCUUUAUCACAAUGCUGUCUAUCUGCUCUGUUUAGCCCCUCGUGGAAACAAGAUGUCUGUGUCUGUUGUCUUGAAGAAUGUCUGUCAAAAAACUGGAGAAGCACCUCAUUGGGAGGAAAGUACUAAAUCCUUGCUGUUUCUUGAUAUUGAACCUGGAGGUAUACACAAGUGGAAUCCUGUAGACAACACCCACACCAAGUGUGAAGUUGAUGGAAAUAUAAGCUUCAUUGUUCCUCGGGAAUCUGGUGGUUAUGUUGUAUCCAACUACUCGAAACUGUGUCAUUUUGACUGGGGGAGUCAUGAAGUAAAACCAUUCCUCACAGCAGAUCCAGAUAAACCAGGGAAUAGAUUCAACGAUGGUAAAUGCGACAGCUAUGGCAGACUGUGGGCAGGUACAAUAAAGGAAUUCAAAGGUACACUAGAAAUAACUGAAGCUGGACAUUUGUACCGAAUUGAUAAAGAUUUAUCAAUCCAUGCCAUUAAAGAGAAGACCAAUAUAUCUAAUGGUAUGGCAUGGACAGCAGAUGACAAAACCAUGUUCUACACCCAUUCUCUUCCUAAAAAAGUAUUUUCUUAUGACUAUGACAUUUCAACUGGAGAAAUCUCCAGAGAACAAGUGGUUAUUGAUUUUGAAGGCAAAGAACUCCAUGAGUAUGGGAUACCAGAUGGAAUGACAAUUGAUUUAAAUGACAAAAUAUGGUUAGCUAGCCAUUAUAGUAGCAAAGUAUUCCAGAUUGACCCAGAAACAGGCAAAAUCCUGACAUCAAUUAAGUUUCCUGCAAGUCAAGUCACUUCCUGUUGUUUUGGAGGUCCAAAUUAUGAUGAACUCUAUGUGACAUCAAGUGCUUAUUGCUUAACAGAAAAACAGUUGCAGAAUGAAGAGAAACUUGCUGGGAGUCUUUUUAAGGUUACUGAGUUGGGGCCUAAAGGUAAAGCAGCCCCUAACUUUCAGGGAUAGUCUACAACAGUGCUUCUCAAACUAUCUAAAGUGGCGUACCGGUAGUUUUUUUUUUUUUUCAAUGUACCAGGGACCGGUAAUAUUUCUUAGUAAUAUUAAUUCAUACCAGAAACAAUAUAUAUAAUGAAAAAGUUGACAAUUAUCUUUUAUCUUAUAUUUAUUUUGUAAACAAAUAAUACAAUAUUAAAUAUGCUUUUCGUAAGCAUUUUAUGUUUCUUUCCUUUCUGGAAACUCGCCAUGUACCAGCAGCUGAUGGCUCAUGGACUGGCACCAGUCCAUGGACCACCACUUUGAGUAGCACUGGUCUACACCAAUCUCCAGCUAUACAUUGUAAUAUAAAGAUCACAGGUUCUAUAAUUAUGUUUGUUCAUAGAUAUGUUAUAUAAAAUUAAUAAUGAUAUGUUAUAUAAAAUUAAUAAUGAAAUAAAUAAAAGUAAUUUAAGAGA